CCUGACUCCAAGUACAAGGCUGCCGCAAAAACUCUUCCUCACAAGUAUCUACUUGAUGCUACUCGAUGCUGGUGACAAGUCCUACCUAGGUGGGCCUCGGCAGAAAUCUCUGCCUUAAGCGCAACCUAUCUCCUUACAAACCACAAUUCCCAUAAGACUCUGCACACCGUCCGCCCCGAGAUCGGAAGUAACCCGGGACUUCCUCCGAGACCGGGAAAAGUGGAAGAGAGAGACUCUUUCCCCGCCCUUGGGCUACGUUUCUGCAGCAGCCGUUCUGGUCGCCUUAGGGUGGGUAGGCUUCCCCGCGGUCGCUGCCGGUGGGGGCCCACUCUUGCGAACUUUCCGGCUGGCCCUGGCAUUGCGCUGAGUCACGACUACACCGAGAAAAAAAAAAAAAGAAAAUCAUGCAAGGAAACGACCCCUCUGGAUAAAUCGCUAUCUCAUCAAUCAACCAGCAUUUGAUGAGAGAAUGGCUACUUUUAAGAGAAAUCUCAGACAAGAAUUGAUUUCCCAGUUUCACUCAUUAGCUGCUGAAGGAAACAUCAGCAAGUUAUCAGUAAUUCUCAAUCAAUAUCCAUUUCUUAUAAAUGAAAUUUCUGAAAAUGGUUGGACUGCCCUAAUGUAUGCUGCAAGAAAUGGGCAUCCGCAUGUUGUUCAAUUUCUGCUGGAAAAGGGGUGUGACAGGUCUAUUGUUAAUAGAUCAAACCAGACUGCACUGGAUAUUGCUAAGUUCUGGGGCUAUAAGCAUGUAUCUACCUUACUGUCUAAAGCCAUGGGUGUACCGAAACCAUUUUACCUGCUCAAAAAAGUGGAAGAAUAUGAAAAUUAUUUUAGCAGGACACUUCUAGACAGGAAGAGUGAGAAAAGAACAAAUUUGAAGUGGCUGUCAGCUAAACAAAACCAUCCAGACACAGUCUAUAUCCUUUUCUCUGACUUAAGUCCAUUGGUUACAUUGACUGGCCAACAGCCAGAAGUGAGGCUUUGUCGCUUGAAUUAUCUACAUAUAAAAGAUUAUAUAGCUAAUCCUGAUAAUUUUAUCCUAAUUUUUCUUGGGGUAGAACUUGGAAAUAAAAAAGAAUGUAUUAACAUUAUGAUUAGAGAAGAUACAAAAGAGGAGGAUGAGGAUGAGGAUGGGUUGGUUGCUUGGUUUGCCCUUGGUAUAAAUGCCAUCUGUGCUGAACAGUUUAAACAAAGACAUGAAGACUGUUACUUUCUUCAUCCUCCAAUGCCGGCUCUCCUACAGUUGAAAGAAAAAGAAGCUGGGGUAGUCGCUCAAGCAAGAUCUGUUCUUGCCUGGCAUAGCCGUUAUAAGUUUUGUCCAACAUGUGGAAGUGCAACUAAAAUUGAAGAAGGUGGCUAUAAAAGAGUAUGUUUAAAAGAAGACUGUCCCAGCCUUCAAGGAGUUCAUAACACAUCCUACCCAAGAGUUGAUCCAGUAGUAAUCAUGCAAGUUGUUCAUCCUGAUGGGAACAAGUGCCUUUUAGGAAGACAGAAAAGAUUUCCUCCUGGCAUGUUUACAUGUCUUGCUGGAUUUGUGGAACCUGGAGAGACAAUAGAAGAUGCUGUUCGAAGAGAAGUGGAAGAGGAAAGUGGAGUCAAAGUUGGCAGUGUUCAGUAUAUCUCUUGUCAGCCUUGGCCAAUGCCCUCCUCUUUAAUGAUUGGUUGCUUGGCUGUUGCUAUGUCUACAGAAAUUAAAGUUGACAAGAAUGAAAUAGAUGAUGCUCGCUGGUUCACUAAAGAACAGGUUAUUGAUGUUCUUACCAAAGGAAACCAACAGUCUUUCUUUGUGCCACCAAGCAGAGCUAUUGCACACCAGCUAAUCAAACACUGGAUUGGAAUGAAUUCUAACCUUUAAAUUCAAGAACCUGGUUUUGCAGCACAUUAUUUUGCUUCUGAUUACUGAUUAGUUUUAAGUCAAUUAGAAAUAUUUUGUGAUCUUCUGAAGCAUCAAAACAUCAUCCAUUGUAGCUUUCUUGAAUUUUAUCUGAGUGUUAACCAUCUUAGGAACAGGAAACAAUUUCUUUGUAAGUCAUAUAACUACUUCUCCCUAGCAAAAGAUGUUUUCCUUGUAGUAAAGAAGCAUGACUUUUUAAGCCAUGAGAAUAAAGACAAAAGAAUUCAAAAAACUAAAUUCUAAUCGUGGCUAUUCUAAUGUUUCUUUUUAAGUCUUAGACAUAUCAUUUAAAAUGCAUUUCAUUUCUUCAUCUGAGAAGUGAGAAUAUACUGGAGAUUAUUUUCAGUGGGAAAUAUUUUAAGAAAAAAAGAAAAUAUAAAAUAAGCUAUCUUGCAGUAAUCAUAUUUUCAUCUAAUUAUUCAGAUUGCUCACCCAUACACAUAAAAUUUUAUUUUAAUAGCCUGAGUUGUUAUUAAUAUUCUGCUUAUUUAGUCUAAGCCAAUCUAGUCUUUAAUUAUUUUUAUACUGAACUAAGACUAACCAAUAUUGCUAGUUAUAUUAAAAUAUGAUGCUGUCCUUCAAGAAUAGUUAUUCAAAAGCAUAACUGCGUGGGAUAUAAAUCCAAUCUUGAAAUGAAUCUGAGGGAUGUAGGUGUCUCUGGGUGGGAAAUAUUUUAUAUAAAAUUUGAAAUGAAAACUGUUUCAAAGAGACUAUAUAAAUUCUUGACAAAUUAUACUAUAUUUAAUAAAAAGGUACAUAGGUACUUUUAUGUGUGUUAUGUUUCCAUUAGUUGGAAAAAAAAAAUCACAAAAAUAAUAAAGAUACAUUUCAACUAAUUUAAGAAACAUUCUUAAGGUGUAUUCAUACACAUAUGUAUUUUAGUAUCUAUUUGGGAGACUUCAUAGAAUUUAGAGUUAUAAGAGACAUUGAUGAUAAUCCCAUCAAACCUUUUCAUUUGAAGAAAUUAAGACCUAAAAAAGGAAAGUAAUAUGUCCAUUGUCACAUAGAUCGCUAAUGGUGAUUUAAUCACAAAUUCUUGGACUGAUUUAACUGCUCUUUCCAAAAUACCGUGCUGCCUUUGGAUGCUGCAAUAUUGUAAUAGUACAUGUACAUUUUUACACUUUUUAAUUUAGAUAUCUUGCCUCAUCCUAAUGUGCAACAUUAAAUACAUUUUGAAAUUAUUUUAUAAAUCAAUGUAGAAAAAUGUCAUUUUAAAUCACAGGAUGCAACCACUCUUUCAAAAUCUAGAAUAGAAAACUUUAGAAAAUAUAUAAUCUCAAACAAAGAGAAAUUAAGUGAUUCCCCUUGAUAAUGGAGCUAGGGCUAAAUCCAGAACUAUUGAAAUAUCUAGAAUACUUUUGUGAUAUUUUAUAGUUGUUUAUAUUUAGGAAUUAUUAUUUAGAAGAUAUGUAGCCUAAAUACAUACCCAAAGAAUACAUAUCCAGAAAUUAAAAUGGAGUUCCUUUCUAUAUCUCCAAAAUCAAAAAACAGAUUUCUAAAUUUUAGGUACUCAAGACACACUUAAUCUAAAUAAGUUUUUUAGAAAUCAUUAGCCCUGGUUGUUUUUGUAAUUGAUAUAAAAUUCUAACAACAUAAGUUUAAAUACAAAUUAAAACUUACACAGUACAUUCCAAUGUCUAUUAAAGAAAAGCAUAUAGAAAAUGAUUUGCCUUAUCAUAAAUUAUACUGAGUAGAAUUAAAUUUUCCUUCCAAAUAGUAAGUUCUGAAAAAUAGUAUUUAAAUGAUAUAUUUUUUAAUAUUUUCAGUUUCUAAAGGUACAUGCUGGAAAUUAUGAUUUCCAUAAAGUUUACUUAAUGUUAACAGCAUAAGUUAAAUAAUUUAAAGAUACAAUUAUAAAAUUAUAAAUUUGGGGAUAUUUUCUCAGGGAAAAUAAGUAUCUGAGUAAUUUUUAUAAUUAUUCUUUAGUUAUCCACCUCUGAGAGGUGAACAUCCAAAUAAAAACAAUGUAGCCUAUUCAAAAAGGAGGAGACUGUGUAAGUACCAUAUAUGUAUUGUGUUUUAAAUGUAUGUAUUAAUAUAUUAAAAUGUUUGUUCACACAUUUCCCUUUUUUUCCCAAAUCUGACAGAUUGCAAAAAUGAAAAUAAAUUUUAAAAUUAAAUUUUA